AUGAAACCUAGUCUUGCUAUAUUCAAGUCAGUGAAAAUAAGGACAGCAAAACCUGAUGUCGGGUUGCUGGUCAUACCUUCUUUAUCAAGCGUCAGAUACGAUCAACUACCCAACAAUGGAUUUGGUUUCAAAAAUUAUUCAAUCAGUAAAUCAAAAUUCGGACACUGGCCAGUUUACUUAAAGAUACAGAAUACGAAGAUAUCAACAGAAAUAAAGCAUGUAAGAGGUGACAUAAAGCAAUUUAGAAACGAUUUGUUGAAGGUCAAUCCAAAUCUACAUAUUACUAUUAACGAGAAAAUUGGAUAUGCGAAUAUUAAAGGUGAUCACGUUCAAUAUAUGAAAGGUAUCUUUCAAGAACAUUUGUAA